AUGAGCACGAAGGGCACACUUGAGCAGCAAGCACAGACUUUAUCUGGCUUCACUGUCGUCACUACAGCUUUUCUCCCUCUGAGCUUUUGCACUUCGGUAUGUUGUCCCCCGCUCAACAUAUGAGUACUUUCUGAGAAGAAAAACCCAAUCAGUAUUUCGGCAUGAACAACAUAAAGGAGUUCAACGCGAGCCCCAUAUCCCGGCGCGAUUUCUGGAUGGUUACGGGCCCGGUAUGUGGUGGGAUAAUACUACUAACAGUAGUAAUCAUCUUCUGGGAACGUCUGGUUGGGAGGAGAUUCAGAGCGUAUGCCAGUCAGAAAUUAUCCCCCAAGUGGAAAAUAGAUGGUAUCGAGAGCCAGAUUCGUGGAUCUAGGCACUCGAAGGAUGCACCCCCGACAUCCGCCCAAGAGGGCGAUGGCCCAGACCGUGUUCCCAGUUAUUACAGCACCACGCACA